AUGGUCUCUUGCAAACUAGCACUAGGCUUGCUAGCUUCGGGCGCUAUUGCCACAGCCGCCCAAACUUUCCAAGUCGCCAUCGACUACCAACAAACGCUGGGCGUUUACUACUACUUCCGUCAAAACAAUGACCUUGUCAAAGUGUCGCCUAACAACCAAGGUCUAGCCGUGACCGUCAACAGUGACAGCAAUGUCUGUGACAUUUUGCGUUCUGGUAUGAUUGUUGUCAAACCGGACGACUCCGCGAACAACAAAUUGGUCACGUGGAACCAAUAUGAGGUUUUCCAUUUGGACAACUCUCAGGGCCAAGAGCUCACCUGGACCCAAACCCUUGUGCAAUCCUGCGGUGGCGGCUCCUCGUCGUCUGCUAGCGGCUCUGGCUCCUCCGGCCAGACCAGUACCGUCAGCAGCACCUUCACUGCUGGCAACUCCGGCUCCAGCUCCGGUUCUGUCUCCACCGUCAGUGCCGGCGGCUCUUCGUCCACUUUCGGUACCGCCAGCGGCUCUUUCACCGGCUCCGUUCCUUCCUCCACUAUCAUCGUCAACACCGGCUCUGCCUCUGCCUCAGCUUCUGCGUCUGCUUCCUUGACCCCAUCUGUUGUCACCACCACCCACAGUGGCACUGUCACCUCCUACACCACUUACUGCCCUAUCUCGUCCGGUGAAUACACUUCUUCUGUCGUCACCAUCACCGAGAGCGGCACUGUCACUUCCUACACUACCUACUGCCCUGUGUCCACUUUGCCUGCUUCUUCAAAGCCUCGAACCUCCGUUGUCACUGCUACUGAAAACGGUGCUACCAGCAUUUACACCACGACUUUCCCAGAGUCGAGCCCUGCUGCAUCCACCACCUCGGUUGUGACCACCACCAUCAGCGGUGUUGAAACCAUUUACACCACCACUUGCCCUAUCAGCGGUGCCACUACCGGGGCUCCAGCUUCCACCGGCUCUGCUGCAUCCACCACCUCUGUCGUGACCACCACCAUCAGCGGUGUUGAGACCAUCUACACCACCACUUGCCCUCUCAGCGGUGCCACCACCUCGGUCCCAACCUCCACUAGCCCUGCUGCCUCCACCACUUCAGUUGUGACCACCACCACUGGCGGUGUUGAGACUAUCUACACUACUACCUGUCCUGUAAGCACCACGGCCUCUGAGACCUCCACCGUUAUCACCACAUCAAGCAACGGUAAGCCAACCACUUACACCACUGCUGUUCCUGUCAACCCUGGUUCCAACACUGCUCCUGGCGCGACCACCAUUGUCCAGCCAACCACUAUUGUCACUUCCACUGUCAUUUGCACUGAAGACAAGUGCAAGACUCAAGAAGUGUCUACCGUGUCUCAGGUCACCUCUGUGGUGACUCCAAGCUCUGCUGCUCCAGGCACGACCGUUCCAGGCACUACUGUUCCAGGCACCACCGUUUCAGGUACUACUGUUCCAGGUACCACUGUUCCAGGCUCUUCUGCUUCGGGCACAGUCGUUCCAGGUACUACCGUCCCAGGUACCACUGUUUCGGGCACUACCGCUCCAGGAACCACCGUCCCAGGCACCACUGCUCCAGGCUCUGCUGCCCCAGGCACCACCGCUCCAGGUUCCGCCGCCCCAGGCACCACUGCCGUGCCAUCCUCUCAGGCCCCAUCUGGUCAUAGCUCUGCUGCCGCUGGUUCGGGCAGUGCUGCUCCAUCUUCAGUCACCAUCAGUCUAUCCACUGGUGGCGCUGCUGGCUUGAGAACCAACGGUAUCUUGAUGGCCAUUGUUGCCAUCUUUGCCUCUCUUUUGUAG